UCACCAUUCGCUUUACUCACCCAUCCAGCGACGCUGCUAUUUUGCUCCAGAGCUUGGGAUCGAUGGCUUCUCCGGCAAACAAGGGUGGCCGCUCGCUCGCGCCGGCGCUGCUCGCCAUGGCGUCGUUAAUGGCGGUGGUGGCGCUCGCGCCGCGAGGGGCGAGCGCGGCGCUGUCGUGCUCCACGGUGUACAACACGCUGAUGCCGUGCCUCGGGUACGUGGAGUCUGGCGGCGAGGUGCCGCAGGCGUGCUGCGGUGGGAUCAAGAACAUCGUGGCCACGGCGAGCUCCACGACCGACCGCCGCGCUGCCUGCACCUGCCUCAAGAACGUCGCUCGCGGCGUCGGUGCCGGGCCGUACCUCAGCCGCGCCGCGGGGCUUCCCGGGAGGUGCGGCGUCCAGCUGCCCUACAAGAUAAGCCCCAACGUCAACUGUUACUCGAUAUGAACUGAGGAGUGCUCUUCGUCGGAGUAUAAACUCCACACUGUCCGUGGGACGUUGUUUCUACUGGAUCGUUUCUAUGCGACUAUACUGCGCAAUCCAUCUGUAGACGAUGGUGAAUAAUCGUCCAACUGUAUUUAUGCAAUGGUGAAUAAUCGUCUA